UUUGCUGCGGAUUCAGCCCGCGACAUUCAACUAUGGCCGCUUCCGCAAAAAUUGUUCGGAAAGUGUAAACAAAAGAGAAUAUUCAACGAAAAAUGCGCAAUCCUUUUGUUUAACAACUAUGUGUUAAUGACUGUGUAAGUGGAAGGGGAAUUAAACGCCUCCAACACAAUGGAUGCCGCACCAGCCGAGUAUCUAUCAGCGGAGGAGCUUCGCAACAGACUUUAUCACAGUUUACGAAAUCGUGGACUUGUUGAUUCUGUCAAGUCUCAACUAAGGAACAGUAUUGUGACAGAGCUACAGACUUCAUUGCGAGGACAGCUUUCUCUGAGAGACCUGAAUGUGCCAGAUGAAGGCACUCUUAUCCACCGGGCAGCUAACAGUCUUGUUGCCGACCACUUCAAGGCCUGUCAGUAUGACUACUCUCUCAGUGUGUUUCUGCCUGAAAGUGGCCUCUCCCAAGACAAGGUGUUCAGCAUGCCAGACAUCCUCCAGCUUCUCCACAUCAGCCCUCAGUCCAGACUCCAUGCCAGACUGACUUCCGCUGCGAAUUCAAAGUCGUCAAAAGGAUUCUUGUGGCAGUUUCUGAGUGAGAUGUCAGCUCUACAUGCUAGUGCUACACAUGAGUUUGGUGUUCAGACGGAUCUCAUCCGAGUCGGCCCUCUCACUUCACUAGAUGACAAGCUGCAGAGCCUGGAGGACCUGUAUUCCUCGCGCCGAGAUGAACACAUGCGGACUGGCGUGGUGGCGGUGGAGGACAGGCUCUUGUCCUAUCAGAGACAGCUUGAAGAUCGAUACAACUCCGAGCUCAAACGGGAGCUUGCCAGGAUGAAGGACACGGAGAUAGCCCGGAUACGUCUGGAAGAGAAGGAGGAAUGUCGGCGCCAGAUGGACCAGCAGCGGAGAGAGCUGGAGCGGACAUACCAGUCCAAGUAUGAUGCCUUGGUGGAACGCGAGAGGAACUCAAUUGAGAGGCUGCAGCGGGAACAGGAGAUUCAGGAGAAGGAGAUCUAUGCCCAGAGACAGACACUACUGGAGGAGAUGGAAGUCAUGAGACAGAGAGAGGUGGAGGUCAAAAGGGAAAGAGAACUCACACACAGGGAGAAGGACCUUCAAGGGGAGCGUAACCGCGCCAAGGAGGAUGAGAUCCGGCGGAGGGAGAUGGAGGUGAAGCGACAGAACACCGAGUUCACACAGAGGCUCCACAACGAGAUGGCACAGUUCAAGUUGGACACGCAGGCUCGCUUCAUUGACCGGACACAGAAUAUUGAAAUCAGAGAAACUAAGGUCAAAGAGAUGGAGAGGAUUGUGUCGGAAGAGAAGAGCAAGCUGCAGUCCUACAAGGAUGAUCUGAGGGACAAGACUCACAGGGUCAAUGAGCUGGAGACGCUCCUUCAGGAAUGUCGCCACUCUGAAGUAUCAGCUACAAGGCAGAAUGAAUACAUCAACUCCAAACUCCGAGAUAUGGCUGAUUACAAGACAAUCAAAGAACACAACUCUGUUUUACGUAAUGAAAUGGAAACACUCAGGACGAGGUUGUCUGAACUUCUCACCAUGAAUGAAAGAGAGAGGGGAAGACAAGAAGAGCUGCUCCGAGAGCUCCGACGUCCGAGUCCAGAGACGCUGCUGAUGCAGAGGGACUUGGAGCGGGCUCGGGAGAAUCUCCGACAGGAGCAGGUGUUGUUUGAACAACAGAAACAGCAACUUGAGACACGGCUGAAGGAUGAGAUUGACCGGAACCGAGAGUUGGUCCGCCACUAUGAGGAGCAGACACUACAGAUGAAGGAGAUGAACAGAGAGGUGAUUGAUCUCCGCCAGCAUCUCGCCAUGACGCACCAGGCUCUCAACAAUGAGGUGUACAGAAAGCCACACACAGAGGAAGGUGGAGGACUUCCAAGUGCAUCCCACGUAUCAAUGGGCCAGGAAUCAAGGCUUCGAGACACGUCCAAUGUACGACUGUCCAGUAGUCAAGGUCGUCUCUCCAGCAGUCAAGGACGUCCUGGUCGAUAUGAUGCCAGGGAUGUGUACAAUGAUAUUGAUGUUGAUCUUGUCUUUGGUGGUGGUCAUCAUGGAGAGAUAUCGGAGGAGGAAGUGUCGUCAGCAGCCUCAGCCGAUGUAGUUGCGGAGGCUAAGUACCGCCUCAAGAGUCUGGAGAAGGAAGCUCAGAAUUUAGAGAGAGCAUAUACUGACUUCCACUACCAGAUGACCAACGUAGCUUCUGUCCCGGACAGAUUGUCGCCUAAACGAGUCAGCCAGGGAGCAUCCAGAGGCUCCCAUCAUGCCGAGUCCCCUGCACAGAGUCCCAUCUUGCUGCAUCGGCCCAUGUCUUCCACACCAUACCAGCAGGCCAGCAAGAGGUCCUCCUCGGCUGAAUAUGACAAUGACAGUUUUGAGGAGUUGAGCGGAGGUCGAGACAAGGGCCGGGCAUCAGUGGAGCCUGUGCCGAGGUUCGACAUCUCCAACAUGUCCGAUGAUGGGCUGGACAAUGGAAAGGCAUUGCGAGUAAAGCAUCGUCCAAUCACAGUAUCAGACCUGGAGGCAAGACCAGGGUCUCCUGGCAUCAUGGUGGUAGCAGGGUCCGAGUCAAGUGAUGGACAUAGUCCGGGUGAUGACCAUUUAAAGCCAAUUGAAACACAGAGUGGACAUCACCCGAGAGAGGAUCUGACAACACCAGUUCUUCCUCCGUCAAGUCUUCCUCCUAUCUCCUUGGACACAGCAUGGAAAGGUAGUGAUGGAGUGGAGGAAGAGCGGCAAAAGUUAGAGGAAGAGCGUGAGCGUCGUAAUGAAGAGAGACGCAGGAUAGAAGAAGAAGCUUUUGAAAAAGAACAAGAAGAACUGAAUCGACUAGAAGGGCGAGAUCCACCCAAGGCACACAGUAGUGCAGGAGGAGGAGAGACGGAGGAGAGGCAGGAGAAGUCAGAUGAUGGGAUAGACCCAGUGAUGAAACAGUACAUGGCCAUGGUGCAGAAAAACAGGGAACAUGAGAAACAGGACAGCUCCAAGGUUGUACAGAAGACAGUUGACACAUGGUCACAGGGUCACAAGCAACAGGAAGGAUCUCCACCCCACACAGAUAAUGACAUCUCAGUAGCGGAAGACCAUCACAGUCCAAAAGGAUCUGAUGAUGAUUUUGAAUGGUGAGGGACACUUCGAACGAAUACCGCCUCCAGUGGGGAGACUGUCAACAUUCCACCAAGAAUUAUGCUACAAGACUCAGUCAUUCCUCCAGACUCAGGAAACACCUUGACUUCUUUGUAUUCACCAUGAAAUGAAUAUGCAGCUAUACCGAUUUAUCUAUCGGGGGACUCUUAUAGUUCAUGGUAGUUAACAGAACGACCAGGAUAGUAAACAAAUUGACCAGUCUGAAUGUGGGUUUGUUUAUAGAUGUUAAUUUCUUCUAUUAGAUCCUUCUGAAGACUCAAACACUAGGGGUUAUUGCUUUAACCUUACAUUUUCUCAUCAUUCAGAAGAUGACUCAGGUUUAUCUGGACCUGCUCACAGGCAGAUAUUUGGCCCCAAAUAGACAGCAGAUGUUAACAAAUCUUCCCAAAUUGGAAUUUCGAAUCUCCCCAGUGAUGCUAUUGUAGUUUAAUGACUAAUGUAAUGUUAUGUAAUGAUUUUUCACAGGUCACCUGUUUUUUCACGCUAUUUUGACUUUAAUGCUCAAUGGAAACUGUUUCAAUGGAUAAUGGAGACUGGUUAUUCUCAAGCAUUGAUGUUUCAUAUAUAACUGAUAAUAGUAAGAGGAAGAGGCUUGAAUGGUUAUUUUUGCAAAAUGGAUUCAAUGUUGAAAUACUGCUUAUUUAAGAAAACAUAUUUUAAAAAUACCAAUUUUCAACAAAAGAAUCAUUCCCCUCACAAAUUUGCUUACCUGGGGCACUUAAUUUGGAACCCCCAGAUAAACCCCAGUGAGAUGGCUGUAGUAGAGUGAAGUCUCCAUGCCAUGGCUAGGAUAUUGCUGAGGGGGGCUAAACCCCAGAUAAACCCCUGUGAGAUGGCUUUAGUAGAGUGAAGUCUCCAUGCCAUGGCUAGGAUAUUGCUGAGGGGGGCUAAACCCCAGAUAAACCCCAGUGAGAUGGCUGUAGUAGAGUGAAGUGUCCAUGCCAUGGCUAGGAUAUUGCUGAGGGGGGCUAAACCCCAGAUACUCCCUAACGCACAAGACAAGCCUGAGCCAUUUUACCAUCAUGUAAAUAUCUAAUCUGUGGCAAAUCUAAAAUAUGUUGACAUGCUUUAAUCAUGUGCUCAAUUAGUUUCUUUUGAAAUAAUCAUAUGAUUUUCUUGUAUAUAUGAGUGUAUAAAGGAAGUGUGUAUGUAUACCGUGUGUAGUUUAUUGCAUUAUGUGAACUAAUAAUCAUAAUUUAUUGAUGCCAAUGCCCAAGGCUGUGGUCUUGUGAUUAUCCUGAGAUUGUUGAAGGUAUCAUUUUUUAACAUCUGAUAUUUUUACCAUGACAUAGCGUUGCAUAUUUUUUCUUAAAAUUGAAAGUGAAAUAUGUUUUGUGUGUUGUGAUGAAUCCCUGAAUGUCACUGUUGCUUAUUCUAUAUUUUAAAGGGGCAGUAAGGUAGCCUAGUGGUUAAGGCGUUAGCUCUUCAAGCCGAAGACCAGGGUUCGACUCCCGACAUGGGUAUAAUGUGAAGCCCAUUUCUGGUGUCCCCCGCCGUGAUAUUGCUGGAAUAUUGCUAAAAGCGGCAUAAAACCAUACUCACUCACUCACUAUAUAUGUGUCCUUCACAUCCUUACCCUUAUUGGAUAUUGUUGUGAGAUAAACAUAUUUAUACUUUCAAAUUUAGAACUUUUUCAACAAUCAUGUAUACUGUGAUAUUGUGUUUCACUGUACAUUUUUCUCCUUGACACCGAAUGAUUACUUAUUAUAGCAGAACACGAUUCUUGUGUGUGAGGAAUUUCAAAUAUUUCCGUCCAUUUAUUAUGCAUGUUAGCAUCUGUCAUGCAGUUGUGUGAACAUGCACUGUGUAUAAAUAUAUUCUUUCUGUA